UGUCUCCAUAAAUAAUUCUUCGGCGUUUAGCAAAUUUGUCCCAAUCAGCGUUUGCAAUUUUUCUGAAGCGCCAUCAUUUAUUAUGCACUUUUGAAGAGUCGUGAAUCUUUUACUUGCAUGUUGUUUGUAUGGGGAGCGAAGUCUCUUGAAGUGAAAGUGGUGAGUGUGUGAAAGUUAACUCUCUAGCAUGGACGUCUUUGUUGCUUCAGUCGGCCCCUAGUGUUCAUCGGUGCCUGUGAUGUGUUCAAGUGAUUUGUGUUUUGUUUUGUAACCGAACAAAACCGAUUAACCAAACAAUACUCGAAAAAUGCAUUAAGUUCAAACACUUGCAAGAAAAGGAAAGAACUGUGAUAUUAGAUUAUUAGAAGCGUAGGAUGAUAAUUUAGGAUAAGGGACAGGGCGUUUGACAGAGCGAGGGUUGAAAUUAAAUGGAACAGAGUCAGAAUGAACAAAAUACAUUCGCGCAUUUUGGCACUGGUUUUGAGCAUAUUUCUGAUACACGCAGCUGACCCGCCAGUCCAGAGACCGUCAGGGGCCUUCAUACAGUACCUCCCCAAGAGCAACCAAACCGACGACUUUCAGGAAACCAUCGAGCAAAACACGGAAAAACUCAAACUCUUUCACGAUUAUUUGAUUAGCAUCAAAAAUGAGUCACCCGAAAAUUCCGGUGAUAAAGACACUUCGAAUCAUCACGCCAUAAACCGAUUUCUCCAAAGAGAAAGAAAAACGGACUACGAGAAGUUGCUCGAGAAGGAUUUCAUAAGACCCUUAUUAAAGCUUUACGAGCAGCACAUCCAUCAAGAGCCCGAUUACACAAUAGGAAAUUCCUCCACGUUAUCUCGAAUUUCCAAAGAAGAUCACGUCGAGGAUUUCAAAGUGUUGUCGAAAACCGACUUGGACGUGCUGAUCCAUGGGGGUGAAACCUACCAGCAGAACCACAACCAAGAUACCGAUCAACAUAUCGCCCGAAGGGAUGAUACAGUUGAUGGGAGUCACGAUGAACACAUUGGGGAGAUUUUGCCCCCUGGGUACCAGCCCCCCAAGAUGCAUCGACUCAGCCCCGUGAGGCGAUUCUACUACCAACCCUCGGCCAGAAGUCGGAAGUCGUACGAUGAGGGUUUUAAGACGUUCCGCAAGCCGGUGAUUUUUCCGGGGGAGCGCUUCCGACCGGAGUAUGAACCUAGCGGGUUCUCAUCGGAAGGAUUCGAGUCUGAGUAUAGACCGGAAUAUGAUAUUAACACCGAGGAAAGUCGGAACAUGUUCACGAGACCUACGAGGUUGGGUUUACCACCUAACGAAGUACCUGGCUUCCGAUUACCGAGACGUUUGCGGGGCUUCCCGGAGAAUUUUCCUCCAACGGCUAGAGAACCGUACUGGCAGACCCCUUGGGCUAGUUCUAGACGACCACGAGUGAUCUUUCCUUCGGAUUUAGUCGCGUUUAGAGAGCCAAACGGUAAUCAGGAAGAACCUGACUGGUUAGCUGGAGAUAACAACUUGCAAGACAUCCAGGAACAGGAUACUCGAGAUAGAGGGACACAGUUGGGGUGCGCUUCCGGUGUGACGUGCGAGUUUUUCCUAACUUGUUGGCUGUCGGGGGGCCUGCUGGAGUCCCCCUGCGACGGCCUGUUGCGGGGCUGCUGCCAGAGGGGGGCCUCUAAGGCCGGUCAAAGCGCAAACCUGGCGAUCGGUACCCUCGAGGCACCCCGGGAAUCGCCCAAGGCAGGCCUGGUCGACUCCGAUUAUCGAUGCGGGAUUUCGACGAAUCGGCAGCAGGCUCAGCGGAGGAUUGUCGGAGGCGAGGAAGCAGGAUUUGGGACUUUUCCUUGGCAGGCUUACAUCCGAAUCGGAUCCUCCAGAUGCGGAGGUUCUCUAGUCAGCAGGCGCCACGUCGUUACAGCAGGUCAUUGUGUAGCACGAGCCACCCCCAGACAGGUGCAUGUCACCCUUGGAGAUUAUGUUAUUAACUCAGCAGUCGAGCCGCUACCAGCUUACACAUUUGGGGUUUCUCAGAUACAGGUGCAUCCCUUUUUCAAGUUCACCCCCCAGGCCGACCGCUUCGACGUGGCCGUCCUUCGCCUGGACCGCACCGCUCACCAGCUGCCCCACAUCACCCCCAUCUGCCUUCCCCCGCGCGGGGAGAGCUUCCUGGGGGAGGUGGGCGUCGCGGCGGGCUGGGGCGCCCUGAGCCCCGGCUCCAGACUGAGACCGCAGACGCUGCAAGCCGUGCAAGUGCCAGUGAUAGACAAUCGCGUGUGCGAGCGGUGGCACAGGUCGAAGGGCAUCGGGGUGACGAUCUACGACGAGAUGAUGUGCGCGGGGUACAAGAACGGCGGCAGGGACAGCUGCCAAGGCGACUCCGGGGGCCCCCUCAUGCUCCAGAAGCAGGGGCGGUGGUUCCUCAUCGGGAUCGUCUCGGCGGGGUACAGCUGCGCCCAGCCGGGCCAGCCCGGGAUCUACCACCGGGUGGCGCAUACCGUUGACUGGAUCACAAGGGCCAUCGGUGUUUAUAUCCACAACCUAAGGGCGGCAAUCCACAACCCCCAAGAGCAGAAAGACCAAGUAAAUAUGUCAUUGGAGGAGGAGCGCAACCAAGGGCUGGAGCAGCUGGGAGAGCUGGAAGACCGCAGCCUAAAGCAGGAGCAGCAGGAAGGCCACAGGCUGGUGCAACAGACAUUGGCAUCGGAAGGAUUGUCAUUGGAGGAGGAGCACAUCCGACAGCUGGAGGAAGAGGAAGUGCACAAGUUGGUGGCAGAGCUGGAAGACCGCAGCUCAAUGCAGGAGGAGCCGGAACUGGUGCAACAGGCAUUGGCAUCGGAAGGAUUGUCAUUGGAGGAGGAGCACAGCCGACAGCUGGAGGAAGAGGAAGUGCACAAGUUGGUGGCAGAGCUGGAAGACCGCAGCUUAAUGCAGGAGGAGCCGGAAAUGCGCACCAUCCUCUUGUUGUUGCUCUUCAGCGUUGACGUUUUCGGCUUUUUUUGGAAAUUUUCGAGAAGCAGUCGACACACUAGAGAUGACAGCUUCGAAAACACCGCCGGUAUUACCAGUAGAAUGUUUGUAACGCUAUUGGGAUAUCCUCCGAAAUGUGAACAAAGAGGCAUUUCGCAUUCUUGCACUUUAUCCUUCGCUUGCUGGCUCGUGGGAGGCUCGAGCCAGCCAGGCUGUGGGGCCAAUCCCUGGAUUGUCGCCUGCUGUGUCACCUCCAAAAAAGCACUAAACCGAAACAAUGACGUUCAGCAACUCCAGGUGAGAGAGGACAGUCUAGCUCUGCCCGUCCUGCAAAAGCGCAUUGAUGAUUUGGAAGAAUGCGGCUUAUCUGCUGACAGAAUACUAAUGAAACGUAUAAUUGGAGGCGACGAAGCGAAAUUUGCACAAUUUCCAUGGCAAGCGUUCAUUAAAAUAUCCUCGUAUCAAUGCGGUGGCGUCCUAGUUUCGCGAAAAUUUGUGGCAACGGCUGCUCACUGCAUCAUCACAGCCCGGCUUAAAGACACUUUGGUUUAUUUAGGAGAGCUAGAUACACAGGACACUGGCAAAGUAAAGGAAUUAGAACCGGCUGAAUUACACAGGGUUCGCCGCCGAAUAAUCCACCCCAAUUUCCAAUUUCGCACGACUCAGCCUGACCGAUACGACCUCGCCCUGCUGGAACUAAUCACCGAAGCGGGCUAUUCGUACCACAUCUCCCCCAUCUGCCUCCCUCCCAGCGACAUGGUCCUGACCGGGCGCACCGCCGUGGUGGCCGGCUGGGGCAAGAUCCAGCCCUCCAACGAGCUCAUGGGCACGAACGUCCUUCGCAGCGCCACCGUCCCCAUCCUGGACAUCCGCGAGUGCUUGGCCUGGCACGAGAUCAAGCAGAUUUCCGUCGAGCUGCACGAGGAGAUGCUGUGCGCCGGUCACGAAUCCGGAAAACACGACGCCUGUCUGGGCGACUCCGGGGGGCCGCUGAUCGUGCUGGAAAACGGGAGGUGGACGCUGGUGGGGAUCACCAGCGCCGGCUUCGGCUGUGGAGAGCCCCACCAGCCCGGAAUUUAUCAUAAAAUCCCGGUGACAGCCGACUGGAUUCGAUCUGUUAUUAGGCUGUUAUAUUGUGUCCGCAACUCUUCGGGAUUAGGAUCGAAACAAAAAGAACACGCUCUACUUCACGGAACGAAAAUGCGACUUAAUUAUUGUCUGAGAUUGUUGUCGGUGAUGUGCUUUUUGCCAACGGCGUUCAUAGAGUGUUCCGAAAACGACAUUAAAGAAACUUUCCCGCCGAAGCCGGACAAAAAAACUUUAAUCUAUCCGCCGCCGAAGACGCGCUUCUUCGACGAAAUUGGUUUGAUACCCCAGUCAUGUCGCUUCCGUGGAGUAAAAUACGAGUGCGGUCUGUCCAUUAGCUGCGUGUUGGGAGGAGGUCGUCCCCUGGAUUUGUGUUCCGGAGGGAUGAUCUGGGCAUGUUGCGUGGACCGCGACGUCCAAACACCUACUCACCAUCCUGACGUAGGUGUCCUCAAUAAUGCUAACACUUAUCAUCUAGUGGGAUAUUACCCUCCGGACCCGGACCACCCGGAUUCCAACAGCGUGGAUAGACCGCCUUACAGGCCCUACUACCACGACCCGGGGGACGAUAGGCCGCCACCUUUCGAAGACGGCUACCAGACCGAGCCCCACGUCCAACCGCCUAAUGCGAGGGGUUGUGGCGAGUUGUACACCAGGAGCAACAGGAUUGUGGGCGGACAUUCCACAGGAUUCGGCUCGCAUCCUUGGCAGGUGGCCCUAAUCAAAACAGGGUUCCUCACAAAGAAGCUGGCCUGCGGGGGAGCCUUGCUCAACGAGCGAUGGAUUAUUACAGCUGCACACUGCGUUGCAACGACGGCCAACGGGAAUAUCCGAGUCCGGCUGGGCGAGUGGGAUGUGCGGGAUCAGGACGAGAAAUUAGCACAUGAGGAGUAUUCGGUCGAGCGGAAGGAGGUGCAUCCUGCCUACUCGCCGUCGGAUUUCAAGAACGAUCUAGCUCUGGUAAAAUUAGACAGGAACGUGCGGUUCAAGCAACAUAUUAUCCCUGUCUGUCUGCCUGCACCAACGCUGAAGUUGCCGGGGAAGGUGGCAACAGUGGCCGGCUGGGGUCGGACGCGCCACGGCCAAGCGACUGUCCCUUCGGUCCUGCAGGAAGUUGACGUUGAAGUGAUUACCAAUGAUCGAUGCCAAAGAUGGUUCAGGGCUGCUGGUCGGAGAGAGACCAUCCACGACGUGUUCUUGUGUGCGGGUUACAAGGAGGGCGGAAGAGAUUCAUGCCAAGGCGACUCUGGAGGGCCCUUGACAAUGACUGUAGACGGUAGGAGGACUCUUAUCGGUCUUGUGUCCUGGGGGAUAGGAUGCGGUAGAGAACAUUUGCCGGGGGUUUACACCAACAUCCAGAAAUUCGUGCCUUGGAUAGACAAAGUCAUGAAUUGUACCUGCACCAGCACUAGUGCUGCGCUACCGGGGAGUUCAUCGACCCCCAUGGUCUUCAGGAUGGCAGAACUCUUCUUUAACCAGUCCCAACUCAACGUCGGACAGGUGAUGAACGUCAUGGGGAUGAGUUUAUUGAACUGUUUGUAUCCUCUAGUCUUAAAUAAGAUGCUGCCAACAAUUUUAGUUACUUUUGCCACUGUCCUGUUGGAGUUGUGUACGACUUCCCCUGUAUAUAACAUGCAACCGGCGUUCAUCACUGCCAAUAUAGGUACUGUAGGAAGAAAUAUUCGAAAUCUACCCUGCAUUUCGAGAAAAACCAACCAAAGUGGUGUUUGCAUGUUUGCUAUAGACUGUCUAAAAGCAAACGGGACACAUUUAGGAACUUGUAUAGAUCGGUUCUAUUUCGGCUCGUGUUGUCACAUAGAACCAGUUAAUGAUAUCAUAGAUAACACGAUAGAUGAUAUAAUCCCAGCACGAGAACCACCACAAAGACUUUCGAGUACUAUCAAACCCAUACCUACAACAACCAAAACUGAAAAACCACCACCAACCAAAACAACAACCACGACACCUGCGACCACAACAACGAGAAAAGUUUUUAUUACAAACAUCACCACUACAACAACAACAAUAAAACCAACAACAACAACGGAAAAAUCGGUACCUUUAAAACAAGGUGAAAGUACUACAGUUGGUUAUAAACUAACCACGUUCCAAUCAGUUGACAUAAACAUUCCUGUUGAAACAACAAGUCCUAAAACGACCCCCAAAUCUAAACCAACCAAAGUAACCCCAAAACCGACAAAAACUACCCCUAAACCUGUUCGAACUACAAUUAGUACGAAAAAGCCAACUAGCAAACCGGUACUAAACACGACAAAAAAACCGGUGCUAACCACAGUUACAACGCGGCAGACUAGUACAACGGUAACAACAACGACACGUAGACCUAGUACAACAGCUGUACGGAGACCAAGUACAACAACAACAAGGAAACCUCCGACACUUUCAACUCGUAGGCCUUCCACAACUACUACUCGUAAACCCACAACAACAACAAAACCAACCAAACCUAGUACUACUACAACUAAACGACCUGUUGAUACUAAACCAACAACAAGACCCGUGAAAAUUACUAGCACAACCACGACGAGAAAACCUAGUACUACAACAGUGACGAAAAAACCUAGUACUACAACCACGACGAAAAAACCUAGCACUGCAACAACCACAACUCCCAAACCCACGACUUUAGUAACAAGAAACGUGACUCAAGCCUCUGAAAGCAACGAAAUCGAAACCGAGUCUUCCUCAAGCGUGAAACCACCAAGUACCACCGCCGGUUCAAUAGUCACUUGGACCAUCGGUAACACCGAGAAAAAUGUUUCGGCACCGACGACUUCCAGUCCCGGUAACAGUACAAGUGAAGAAUGGCUCCCUUUGACGACGCCCGACCAGUGGGUGCCACUGCCCAGCGUCCAGGCCAGCACCCAGACAGCGUCUCCUUCCACGACCGCUAAACCAUCGACGACUGAAAGUGCAAGUAAACCGUCCAUCACGUAUAUACCAUUGGAAUCUACAACCUCUUCAGUGACCUUGAAUGCGUCGACUGUGGUCACUGAAGGAGUUGUUACAUCGCAAGCGACACCUGCCAGCUUUACUCCUCCUUCGACGACGGUGGGGUCCGACACGGAAAUUCGACCGGUCAACAUGAGCGACUUCACGGAUGUUUGCGGGCGAAGGAUGUAUCCUGAAGGGAGGAUAGUUGGAGGAGAAAAAUCGUCUUUCGGAAAAUGGCCAUGGCAGAUCUCCUUGAGGCAAUGGAGGACUUCCACAUACCUCCACAAGUGUGGGGCUGCCCUCCUCAACGAGAACUGGGCUAUAACCGCUGCUCACUGCGUCGAUAACGUCCCACCUAGUGACCUACUUCUGCGACUGGGCGAACACGACCUAUCUACAGAAUCGGAGCCCUACUUGCACCAGGAACGGCGCGUGCAGAUUGUUGCAUCGCACCCCCAGUUUGACCCCAGGACCUUCGAAUAUGACCUAGCCCUUUUGCGGUUCUACGAGCCUGUCACUUUCCAGCCGAAUAUCUUGCCAGUCUGUGUCCCUCAAUCAGACGAGAACUUUGUGGGCAGGACAGCCUACGUCACAGGAUGGGGGCGUUUAUACGAGGACGGUCCCUUGCCGAGCGUUCUCCAGGAAGUGUCCGUCCCUGUAAUCAACAAUUCAGUGUGUGAAUCAAUGUACCGCUCCGCCGGCUACAUCGAGCACAUCCCCCACAUUUUUAUCUGCGCGGGAUGGAGAAGGGGUGGUUUCGAUUCGUGCGAAGGCGACUCGGGAGGACCCAUGGUGAUUCAGCGCGAGGACAAGAGAUUCCUCCUUGCAGGAAUCAUCUCCUGGGGAAUUGGAUGUGCCGAGCCGAACCAGCCCGGAGUCUAUACCAGAAUCAGCGAAUUCAGAGACUGGAUCAACCAAAUUUUACAGUUUUAAUGUGAUCUGAGAGUAGCUAAGCCGAAGACAACGAAAGUGGAGAGAAAAGUGCGGGUUAAUGCAAAUUGGUUGAUAUUGAUUUUCUUGCACUGCUAUAAAUAAAUUCUGCAUGCAACAGUUACAGCGUAGAAAGUUUCAGAAUUUUACACACUUUACUAAUGCAAUAUUUUGUGAUGUGGAGACUUUUACAAAAGAUAAAAGCGUAGGUUUAGGACAAAGCGAUUGUAAAAAAUAAAAAAUAUCCAGUAAUAUUACUAUUAUGAAAUAACUUAUUCAAACAUUGAUAAAAAGAGUUAAGAAUGUAUGGACAUACAAGUUAACUUUUUUGGUCGAUCACACCUGUAAUUAUAGAAAGUACGGACGAUAUUGUUAUUUUUAUAUUAAUGUAAAUAGAGGUGCGUGAUUUUAAUUUUGUACUGUAAAUGAAUAAAAUAUUUAUUUAUUUA